AUGGUGAGAUAUCGGGGUUAUCCAGGUCAUAUAUUGCUCACCGAGAACUCAGAAGAUUCCACAGAAAAAGUAUUAGCGUAUACUAGAAAGAUUCAAAAUCCUAACCAGCCUCGAUUAUAUCCACUGAAAGUACCUGGAUUGGAGCUGUAUAUAUAUUCUGCAAUACCAGCGUCUCGAACUACAGAGGGACUUGACGUCCGUAUUACAGCUGUAAAUGGUGAACCAUACAAUCCGAGUGUCCAGUGUUGUUUUCAGUUUGAAAGUGGGGAAAUUAUAAUUGUGGACGCGAUGUGGAAAUUUCAUUUUGGAAUGGGGGACUACAAAAGCACUGUGUACAGCUGUAAAUCACUAGCGUCAGAAAUACCAAGUGUAGUGUCAGUAUCCCGUAACUGUUCGCGAACAGAAGGGGCAUCAGUGGUAGUCACUAGAGCUGAACAGCCAACAGGGGUCCUUUCAGUUUGCGUACAUGCGGUUUAUGGUUAUGUGAAUCCAGAAUUGAUAGUAGAAUGGAUGGAGAUGCUUCUACUGCAAGGUGUUCAAAGAGUCUUCGUGUACCCCUUAAACCACACCAAUAUGGUAGACCCUAGAACAUUGAGGGCACUACAGUAUUACAGUAAUAGAGGUCUAGUCACAAUUCUACCGUAUACAUUAACUGCGUAUGAUAAAAAUCCAAAUCGAUUCCAGAAGACUGAUGGUCAGAUGUUUAGUGAUGAGAUAUUACCUGUUUAUGACUGUCUGUCUAGGUCAUCUAAAUAUACCUUUACAGCUAUUAUUGACUUUGAUGAAUUUAUUAUUCCCGAGAGCAGUCCGUUACAUCUUCUACCAGUGUUAGAUAAAUUGUACAAGGAUUACCCAAAUUCUGCCUAUUUCUCUUUAACGAUACAAAAUUUUGUGAUGAAUUGGACAGAAAUGCAUAAAUCGGACCUGAUAAUCUUGCGGUAUCUGAAUCGUACGCAUGGAUUACACGACCGAGUUAAACUAAUACAUGUACAACCCAGAUACCAUAAUGUUGGUAUGCAUACAGCAGAUCUUAUUAAGGGAUAUACGCGACGUAAAGUUUCACAUUCCAUAGUUUCAGUCCACCACUACACCUACUGUAGAAAUAGAUGGACUACGGAACUGUGUUUGAGGAGGUUUGCUCGAUAUCACGAUGUAGGCUUGCUACAAGUAGAAUCGCAAUUAAGAGACAGAGUAAACCGUGUUCCAAAAACAUUACGGCAUGGAUAG